UUCAUUCAGUCGUAGUUUCGAGUGCCAAUAGUUCAUUGACUUUUUUCUUUGAUUUAACAGUGAGGUGAUCACCACUAACACUCUUGGAUUGAUGCUAUGUUGUCGUGAGGCAAUAAAUAUGAUGUGGAACCAACCUCGAGGUGGUCACAUAUUUAACAUUGAUGAUGGAAGGCCAACCCCAAGGUUUGCAGCUUAUGGUGCAACGAAGAGAAGUGUGGUGCACCUUACAAAGUCUCUACAGGUAAAGGCUGAGUUGCAGAUGAAUGAAGUGAAUGAUGUCGUGGUGCAUAAUUUAUCGCCUGGCAUGGUUACGACUGAUCUUCUUAUGUCUGGUGCUACCGCAAAGCAAGCAAAGUUUUUCAUCAAUAUAUUAGCUGAAACUCCUGAUGUGGUUGCGGAUUACCUUGUUCCAAACAUCAGAGAAAUCCCUACCAAGCAAUCCAUGAAGCCGACUUACAUUCGCUUUCUCACAGGCUUGAAAGCCUACUCCAGAAUAUUUUCAAGAAUUGCUUUUGGUGCUCGUAGGAACAAGUAUGUUGCCGAGGAUUAGUUUUCUUACUGCCAUCUUCCAACCCAGAAGAAACCUAGGGAUAUUCUUGUUAUCAUAUUUUAGAAGUCCAUUCUUUUCCUGUAAAAAUAGGAUGUAUCACUGAGGGCAUCUUGAGAACACAGCAAUGUACUCCUCAUAUAUACAAUACAUGUAAUUUGAUUACACCUCAUCAAAUUACAGUUCAUCUGGAUUAUUUAUGGACCUUAUGAUCUAGUUGCAUGUUGCAUUUUCAAUGCAAGAGGAGCCCAUGAUA